GCAAAUAGAUUUGAAGAUAUAUAUCUUUGCAUGUAUUAUUUUUCAUCAAAUACUGAACAAUAUCUCUUGAAUAAUAAGACUAUUUCUAAUACUGAGAAUAAUAUAUUAGUAUUUGAGAAUCAUAUUGAUAAAUUUUUUGAAUAUGCUACAAAACAAAACCAGGUUAGUAAAAAUGAACUACUUUUUGAAAUAAACCAAUAUUUAGAAGAACCAAUUGCUGCAAAAACUACUAAUAUUUUUAAAUAG